AAAAAAAAAAAAAACUUGUGAUGUGAAUUGUAGCAUUUUGGCUUUUCAUUGUCAAUUUGUUGUGACUUAUUUUUAGCAAAUCUUGAUUGGUGGUUGGCCAUAAUGUGCCCUAUGCUAAGUAUUAGUAAGAUAAUAAUUUUCAAAUUAAAUAUUUUCAAUGUAAUUAUUAUUAAUGUCUUUUUUGAGGAAAUUCACCUAAGUUCAACAUGUCAACUGAACAGCAGAAAUGCAGAUCUAAAACUUUCUUUCCUCUUUUUCAUGCUCUGUAUGGUUCUUUGUACUCCUACCCCCAUUUCUACCCAAUCUGCACACAACCACUUCUGGCUCUAGUUGAGAGACCAAAAUGAACACACAUCUUUUGUUGUGUUCCCUAAUUUGACGUAAGCAGUCUAAAAUAUAUUCAGUCGCAAUAUUUCUACUGUAUUCUUCCAGUGUCUCCUUACCCAGCUGGAGAGCAGGUCUCCUUAGGGCCCUGGACCCUCCCAACCCAUUCGGGACACUGACAGGAGACUACAAGUCCCAAAAUGCCGUGCGUGUACCAACGGCCGCCCCAGAGUUCCCCGCGCUGCCGCCCAGCUGCGGUACAGCACGGAAUCUGUUGGGUGGCGGCCCGGCAGGUGAUGGCAUUGGUCACCACUUCGGCGCUCCUGGCCGCCCUGGGCGGGGUGCUCUGGUUCGCCGUCCGGCGGUUCGUGGGGCACGGGGUACCGCAGCUACACGGAGGCAGGGACUCGGGCCUCAUGCGCGGGAAGACGGUACUGAUCACCGGCGCCAACAGCGGCCUGGGCCGCGCCACGGCAGCCGAGCUGCUGCGCCUGGGCGCGCGGGUGAUCAUGGGCUGCCGCGACCUUGCACGCGCCGAGGAGGCGGCCGGCCAGAUGCGACGCGAGCUCGGCGGGCCGGAGCCUGAGGACGCGGCUGGGGCCGGGCCGGGCCAGCUGGUCGUCAAGGAGCUGGACCUGGCCUCUCUGCGCUCGGUGCGCGCCUUCUGCCGGGAGCUACUGCAGGAGGAGCCAAGGCUGGAUGUCUUGAUCAAUAAUGCAGGGGUCUUCCAGUGUCCAUAUAUGAAGACUGAAGAUGGGUUUGAAAUGCAGUUCGGAGUGAACCAUCUGGGACACUUCCUUCUCACCAAUCUUCUGCUUGGACUCCUCAAAAGUUCAGCUCCCAGCCGGGUUGUGGUCGUUUCUUCCAAGCUUUAUAAGUAUGGAGACAUCAACUUUGAAGACUUAAACAGUGAACAAAGCUAUAAUAAAAGUUUCUGCUACAGUCGGAGCAAACUGGCAAACAUUCUUUUUACCAGAGAACUAGCCCGCCGCCUAGAAGGCACCAAUGUUACUGUCAACGUCUUACAUCCUGGUAUUGUACGGACUAAUCUUGGCAGGCACAUUCAUAUUCCACUACUGGCCAAACCACUUUUCAAUUUGGUAUCGUGGGCUUUCUUCAAAACCCCUCUAGAAGGUGCCCAGACUACUAUCUACUUAGCCUCUUCACCUGAGGUAGAAGGUGUGUCAGGAAAGUACUUUGGGGAUUGCAAGGAGGAAGAAUUAUUACCCAAAGCGAUGGAUGAGUCUGUAGCACGAAAACUCUGGGAUAUUAGUGAAGUGAUGGUUGGCAUAUUAAAAUAGCCAAGUAGUAAGAGCUGUCUAUAAAAAUAUGUCUAUGGUCAGGAAUGCUGUGAAUUGAAGCUACUUGAAAAGUUUGGUUCUAUAAUAGCACUGCUGGGAGCUAAAUGUGGAUAUGGUGAAGUUACUGUAAAGUUAUUUUCAGUCAGUUUCAACAAAGAUAUUUGAAACAUGAGUUUUAUGAGCAUACAAUUAUGUUUUAAUUAUUAAUUGGGCAAGUAUAGAUUAUAAAUUUCAUAACAAAGUAUCUUGAGAGGGUUAUCAAGUUAUCUUUGAGUUUUAUAGCUAAAGUGUUAAGUAUUUUUACUACAAUGCUGAUUCUUUUUUUGUGGAGGUAACGUGCCUGGUGUGUGCAAUCAAUUCUUGGAAUAAAUUUACUGAUGCACA